GAAGAAGAAGAAGAAGAAGAAGAAGAAGAAGAAGAAGAAUACAUCCUACAGUCUGGUCUGGUGUUCAGAUGAAAGCUUAUCCAAAUAGCUACGUAAAAUAAGACUAAAACAUUGUUUUAAUAUGUUCGCAUGUUAACAGCAUCUUCAUACUGCAGCUCUUCAUCGACAGAACGAGCAUCUGAAUGAAUGAAGAGGGUUUGAUCGUCAGAUCCACAUUAAUCCUGAUCAGAGCUGAUAAUGUUCACAGACAUGGACUAUGAGCUGGAGGAGGACAAACUUGGGAUUCCUACAGUUCCUGGAACAGUGACUCUGAAGAAGGACUCACAGAACCUGAUUGGGAUCAGUAUUGGGGGCGGAGCUCAGUUUUGCCCGUGUCUCUACAUCGUACAGGUGUUUGAUAACACCGCGGCCGCUCUGGACGGGACUCUGGCCGCCGGUGACGAGAUCACAGGAGUGAACGGCAAACCGGUGAAAGGAAAGACUAAAGUCGAGGUGGCCAAGAUGAUCCAGGCCGUGCAGGGUGAUCCAGUCGUGAUCCAGUAUAAUAAACUGCAGGCCGACCCCAAGCAGGGCAAAUCUCUGGAUAUCGUGCUGAAGAAGGUGAAGCAUCGUCUGGUGGAGAACAUGAGUUCAGGAACCGCAGACGCUCUGGGACUCAGCAGAGCCAUUCUGUGCAACGAUGGUCUGGUGAAGAGGCUGGAGGAGCUGGAGAAAACGGCUGAGCUUUAUAAGGGUGUUGUGGAGCACACGAAGAGACUGUUAAGAGCUUUCUAUGAGCUCUCGCAGACUCACAGAGCGUUUGGUGAUGUGUUUUCCGUCAUCGGCGUCCGUGAGCCGCAGGCCGCCGCCAGCGAAGCCUUCGUGAAGUUUGCUGAAGCUCAUCGAAACAUGGAGAAGUUCGGCAUCCAGCUGCUGAAGACCAUCAAACCCAUGCUGCAUGAUCUGAACACGUAUCUUAACAAAGCGAUUCCAGACACCAAACUCACCAUCCGCAAGUACCUGGACGUCAAGUUUGAGUACUUGUCGUACUGUCUGAAGGUGAAGGAGAUGGAUGAUGAAGAGUACAGCUGUAUCGCGUUGGGCGAACCGUUGUACCGCGUCAGCACCGGUAACUACGAGUACCGUUUGAUUCUGCGCUGUCGACAGGAAGCUCGCAAACGGUUCGCCAAGAUGCGCAAAGAUGUUCUGGAGAAAAUCGAACUCCUGGACCAGAAGCAUGUUCAGGACAUCGUGUUCCAGCUGCAGCGCUUCGUCUCAGGCAUGUCACGCUACUACGACGACUGCUACGGCGUGCUGAAAGAGGCCGACGUGUUCCCCAUCGAGGUGGAUCUGUCCCGCACCAUGAUCAACUACAGCGGACAGAGUCUCUCCUACGAGGACGAGGAGGAGGAAGAGACGGGCAGAGGAGGAGACGAAGACGCUCCGCAGGCUGAGAACGGAGCCGAGAAACUCAUCGACGACGAGUGAGCGAGCCAGCCAAUUAUCCGUUGAGAAGGGAAAGUGAAGGAUCCCACUGA